AUAUGACUCGGUUGUGUCAUCAUCAUAAUCAAUAUCACAAUGGCAGCCAAUCGUCGCUAUAAACUGAGUUAUUUUCCUGUUCGAGCAAGAGCUGAACCGAUUCGCAUUAUUUUGUCUUUGGCUGGAGUUGAUUGGGAAGAUAAUCGGAAUCUUGGUGGAAAAGAUAUAACUGCUUUAAAUGAAGAGGGCAUACCUCCUUUUGGUCAGUUACCAAUCCUUGAGUUCGACGAUGUGAUCUUAGCUCAAAGUAUGGCUAUUCUUCGCUUCUUGUCAAGAGAGCAUGGGUUUGUUCCUGAAAGUAGUUUGGAAAUUGCAAUUGCUGAUAGCAUUGUUGAUCAAAUACAAGAUUGUGUGUUAGAAGCUGUUAAACCUUGUUAUAUUAAGGAUCCUAAAGAAGUGGAAAAAAUGGAGCAGGACCUGAAUGAUAAUUAUUACCCCCCAAAUCUGUCAUAUUUUGAAAAGAUAUUUCAAAAAAAUUGCAAAGGGAAGACAUAUUUCUUUGGAGAGAAGGUGACGUAUGCUGACAUUAACUUUUUUUGUUUUGUUAAUGGUUUUAUUCUUUCUGGUCAACUGGAAGUUCCACCAAUGCUUGCCAAUUAUCCAGGUCUAACAAAGACUUACACUGCAAUGUUGAAUGAACCAAAACUUCAAAAUUACCUCAAGAAUAGGCCCAAAUCUAAACGUAACAAAAGUCCUGAAAAGGAAAAAGUAAAGCAAGACCUGAAUGAUAAUUAUUUACCCAAAAAUCUGUCAUAUUUUGAAAAGAUAUUUCAAAAAAAUUGCAAAGGGAAGACAUAUUUCUUUGGAGAGAAGGUGACAUAUGCUGACAUUAACUUUUUUUGUUUUGUUAAUGGUUUUAUUCUUUCUGGUCAACUGGAAGUUCCACCAAUACUUGCCAAUUAUCCAGGUCUAACAAAGACUUAUACUGCAAUGUUGAAUGAACCAAAACUUCAAAAUUACCUCAAGAAUAGGCCCAAGACUGAUGGACGUUGAUUGAUGUCACAUGUUGUAGAUGUAGAUCAUUCAGGUUAGUAGAGUGCUGAGGACUGCUU